AUGGGUGAUAACAGCAGAUUCUUGUUUUAUUUUACUAUGUUUUACGUUGUUUUGAAUGUUGUUGAGGCGGCGGCGGCGGUGGCGUCAAGCCACGAUUUGAUCAGUUUGAUCCAAAUUCCGGCUGAUAUAAUCGCGUGGUCCGGAGAAAGUGGAGUGCCUGCUUAUAAGGUCGCCAUUUUCGUCGAGGAUAAUCAUGGGGACGAAGAGAUUUGGUUGCAGAUGACACCAUCAACAGCAGCUAAGCCUGAAUUCAUGGAUUCCCAACUCAAUGGAUUAGAGAUUUUCAAAGUAAGUAAUGAUAAUAAUAGCUUGGCUGGUCCAAAUCCUCAGCCAUCACCUUUGCAGGUUCAAGAAAUUCCAAAGAGAUCUUUUGAGAAAAAGAAUGUAGCUGCCAUUGUUGGAGCUACAACUGGAGGAGCCUUGGCCUUCGGUCUAACCUGUGCUGUGUGUUUCGCCGUCCAACAACGAAGAAAAAGAGUUUCCGGUAUCGAUUCACACACCUCAAGCUGGCUACCCAUUUACACCAACUCCCAUACAUCAGCAUCCAAAUCAACAAUCUCAGGCAAGAGCACCAAUGGAAGCCACCUUUCAACUUUGGCCCAAGGUCUUUGUCGGCGGUUUUCACUGUCGGAAAUAAAACAUAGCACCAAGCAUUUUGAUGAGUCAAAUGUCAUUGGUGUUGGAGGGUUCGGAAAGGUGUAUAAAGGAGUUAUAGAUGGAGGUACCAAAGUGGCUAUCAAGAGGUCUAAUCCAUCUUCGGAACAAGGUGUGAACGAGUUCCAGACUGAAAUCGAGAUGCUCUCCAAGUUGAGACACAAGCAUUUGGUGUCUUUGAUUGGAUUCUGUGAAGAAAAUGGAGAGAUGUGCUUGGUUUAUGACUACAUGGCACUUGGGACAUUAAGAGAACAUCUAUACAACACUAAGAAACCUCAUCUCUCAUGGAAACAAAGGCUAGAAAUCUCCAUUGGAGCAGCAAGAGGACUCCACUAUCUCCACACAGGAGCUAAGUACACAAUUAUCCAUAGAGAUGUAAAGACAACUAAUAUUCUAUUAGACGAAAACCGAGUUGCGAAAGUAUCUGAUUUUGGGCUCUCGAAAACAGGCCCCAACAUGAAUAAUGGACAUGUUAGCACUGUGGUGAAGGGAAGUUUUGGUUAUUUAGAUCCUGAAUAUUUCAGAAGACAACAAUUGACUGAAAAAUCAGAUGUAUAUUCUUUCGGUGUUGUACUUUUCGAAGCUUUAUGUGCAAGGCCUGCUUUGAAUCCUUCCCUUCCUAAAGAACAAGUGAGUCUUGCAGAUUGGGCGCUUUACUGUAAACGAAAGGGUGUUCUUGAAGACCUCAUUGAUCCUCAUAUUAAAGGAAAAAUCACUCCGGAAUGUCUAAAAAAGUUUGCAGAUACAGCUGAGAAAUGUCUGUCUGACCAAGGUAUAGAUCGUCCAUCAAUGGGCGAUGUCUUGUGGAACUUAGAAUUUGCUUUACAAUUACAAGAAUCCGCAGAUGGCUCUUCACAUCGAUUAGAAGGAAGUGUCUCCGGUGACUCUGUACGAAGCAAUCAAGACGUCGGAUUCCAUGCUGCUAACCACAGUGUUGGAAGUGAACAAGACUUGAGUGACAUAGCUUCGGAUGAUCUAAACAACAGUGCAGUCUUCUCACAGAUUGUUAAUCCAAAAGGGAGAUGAGAAAAUUGCAUUUGCUGUCUGACAAAAGUUCUAUUCAAGCAGGGA